CACUUGAGGAACCGACCACUAUUUCAUUAUUAUUUUUGGUUCUUCUGAUCUUCGGUAGCAACAAGAAGUCAAGAGCAACACCAUCGAUGGCACGGGGAACCAUGGUACCCACCCUUUUGGUGCUGCUUCUAGCCGUUUGCUACGCAACCACCGUCGUCCAUGCCAAGGAGUGGACCGUUGGUGACAACAAGGGAUGGAGCUUCGGCGUCUCCGGAUGGGAGCGUGGCAAGCACAUCCAGUCCGGCGACGUGCUUGUGUUCAAGUACAACCCGAGUAUGCACAACGUGGUGCAGGUGGGAGAAGGCGACUACAACUCAUGCAGGGUCUCGGGCCCGUCGAGGACCUACACCUCCGGCAAUGACCACAUCCAGCUCGUCCGCGGAGGCAAAGCGUUCUUCAUCUGCAGCCGUCCGGGUCACUGCCAGCAAGGCAUGAAGAUCGCCGUCACUGCUUAAUAGAUCUCGCGCAUAUGUGUGUCUUUGUGUUUAUAUUUUUUUUGCAAGUCUUUAUGGUGUGCUACCUCAUGAUGAAUCGGUGAUAGAUAGAAGAAAUAAAAUGAUCCUAGUGUAUUGUCUGCAUCAUGUUUUCAUGGAACCUUGAUAAACCAACAUCUAUUUGGACUA